AUGGCCCACGAUUAUUUGAGUGACUCUAAAAAUCCUUUUUUUUCUCUGGAAGAUGACAUUGACGACGAGACAUUUUUACAGAGCGCACCUACAAGGUCCAUCUCCAGCAACAAUCCGUUUGUUAAUUUUGAUAAUAACAUUGAGCAGCAACAUCAGCAGAUCCUGGAGCGAAAAAAAGCCGUCGAGGAACGGACGAUAAAGUCAUCUGAAAGAUCAAUGACAUUGUUAAGAGAUUCUGAGCAGAUUGGAGCAGCGACUGCAGAGCAGCUCGAGAGAACUGAAAAAAGACUUGAUGACAUAAACAGCACGCUGAGAUUCAGUCAGAAGCACAUCCAAGGCAUAAAGAGUGUCUUUGGCAGUUUAAAAAAUUACCUGAGCGGCAAGUCCGUGGAUUCUCCUACGCCAACUGUCGGUGGAAAGUUUUCCGAGUCGGAGUACUCUGGACCCGGCAGCAGUGUGCUGAGCAACACCAUCGAGCAGUCCAGAGUAAGCUUAGCGGAGCAGCAUCCCUCGCUGCAGCGAAGAGGACUCCUGGGUGGUGACAGCUUCGAUGAUGACAAUGGCGGGAGUCAGUACAAAUCUCAGAACUCCAAUGUCAGCAAGAUCUUGGAGCGCAAUCUUGAUGAAAUGAGCGGAUCUUUAGCGAGACUCAAGGGCUUAGCCAUUGGUCUGUCCGAGGAAAUUGAUUCUCAGAAUGAUUUGAUUGAGAAUGUUAUGACCAAGACAGAUAAGGCUGACAUUAUGCUGGAGAGACAGAAUAAAGACAUGAGAAAUUUAUUGAAAAAAUAA